AUGUCCCCCCGUCCCUCCCAGCAGCUGGGAGACCAGCUGCCGGGAGACCAGCAGCUGGGAGACCAGCAGCUGGGAGACCAGCAGCUAGGAGACCAGCAGCUGGGAGACCAGCAGCUGGGAGACCAGCAGCUGGGAGACCAGCAGCUGGGAGACCAGCAGCUGGGAGACCAGCAGCUGGGAGACCAGCAGCCGGGAGACCAUCAGCUAGGAGACCAUCAGCUAGAACACCGGCAGCUAGGAGACCAGCAGCUAGGAGACCAGCAGCUAGGAGACCAGCAGCUAGGAGACCAGCAGCUAGGAGACCAGCUUCAACAAGACACAAGAUGCCAGCCAAGGUGCCAGCCAAGGUGCCAGCCAAGGUGCCAGCCAAGGUGCCAGCCAAGGUGCCAGCCAAGGUGUCAGCCAAGGUGCCAGCCAAGGUGUCAGCCAGCCAAGGUGCCAGCCAAGGUGCCAGCCAAGGUGUCAGCCAAGGUGCCAGCCAAGGUGCCAGCCAGCCAAGGUGCCAGCCAAGGUGCCAGCCAAGGUGCCAGCCAAGGUGCCAGCCAAGGUGCCAGCCAAGGUGCCAGCCAGCCAAGGUGCCAGCCAGCCAAGGUGCCAGCCAAGGUGCCAGCCAAGGUGCCAGCCAAGGUGUCAGCCAGGUGCCAGCCAAGGUGCCAGCCAAGGUGUCAGCCAAGGUGCCAGCCAGCCAAGGUGCCAGCCAAGGUGCCAGCCAAGGUGCCAGCCAAGGUGCCAGCCAGCCAAGGUGCCAGCCAAGGUGCCAGCCAAGGUGCCAGCCAAGGUGUCAGCCAAGGUGCCAGCCAAGGUGCCAGCCAGCCAAGGUGCCAGCCAAGGUGCCAGCCAAGGUGCCAGCCAAGGUGUCAGCCAAGGUGCCAGCCAAGGUGCCAGCCAGCCAAGGUGCCAGCCAAGGUGCCAGCCAAGGUGCCAGCCAGCCAGGUGCCAGCCAAGGUGCCAGCCAAGGUGCCAGCCAAGGUGCCAGCCAAGGUGUCAGCCAAGGUGCCAGCCAAGGUGUCAGCCAAGGUGCCAGCCAAGGUGUCAGCCAAGGUGCCAGCCAAGGUGUCAGCCAAGGUGCCAGCCAAGGUGUCAGCCAAGGUGCCAGCCAAGGUGUCAGCCAAGGUGUCAGCCAAGGUGUCAGCCAAGGUGUCAGCCAAGGUGCCAGCCAAGGUGCCAGCCAAGGUGUCAGCCAAGGUGUCAGAGAAGGUGUCAGCCAAGGUGCCAGCUAAGGUGCCAGCCAAGGUGUCAGCCAAGGUGCCAGCCAGCCAACCUUGUAAGAAUAUGUCGCCAGAUUUUCUUGGGGAACUUGACAAGUUCCUGCUGGGUUGUGGUGGCUAUAUAAAACCCACCACAUGGCUAUAUCAGAACCUAAAAACUCUGGAAAUCGACCACAGGUAA